UUCCGCUUGUCAUCAGCAGCAUUUCGAUAUACCAGAAAUAUCCAUACCAAGUGAAAAAGAAAGAAGCUUAAUAAACGGCAGGUUUGAAUCUCUUUCGUUUACAAUAACAAAUCGAGAGAAAAAGUUUCAAAAAUGGCGACAGUGACCCCUCUGGCCAAAUACAAAUUGGUGUUCCUAGGCGAUCAAUCGGCUGGCAAAACCAGCAUCAUCACCCGUUUCAUGUACGAUAAAUUCGACACCACUUACCAGGCUACUAUAGGAAUUGACUUUUUGUCAAAAACAAUGUAUCUUGAAGAUAGAACGGUUCGAUUGCAGCUUUGGGAUACUGCUGGCCAGGAGAGAUUCAGGAGUCUUAUUCCAAGUUACAUUAGAGAUUCUUCUGUGGUAGUAAUUGUCUAUGAUGUAGCUAAUAGGCAAUCGUUUUUGAACACUUCUAAAUGGGUCGAGGAGGUACGCAUGGAACGCGGAAGCGAUGUCAUUAUUGUCCUUGUUGGGAACAAAACUGAUCUUGUUGAUAAAAGGCAGGUUUCUAGAGAGGAAGGAGAUAACAAGGCUCGUGAAUUCGGAAUUAUGUUCAUUGAAGCCAGCGCAAAAGCAGGAUUCAACAUCAAGCCUCUAUUCCGCAAGAUUGCUGCAGCUUUACCAGGGAUGGAAACGCUUUCUUCAACGAAACAGGAGGACAUGGUCGAUGUGAACUUGAAGUCGAGCGGCAAUUCAUCCCAGAAUACAGAGCAGCAGGGAGGGGGUUGUGCAUGUUAAACA